AUGGUGUAUAUAUCAAGCAGAAAUAUGCAGGCCAUCAACAUGCUCUCCUCCUCCUGGGCCACAGUCUUGUUGACAAUAGGAAUCAUCGUGGAUGAAUGGGUGGAGCUGAUCCCCAAAAGACAAAAGAUCAAGGUGAACCACAGUCCAUGGAUGACAUGCUGCAUUACUACUUGGCCAGAAGUGAUUUCCCAGGCCCUGGCCUCACUACAGCUCUGCUUCCCCACAGGUGAGCUGGAAAGAAUCCGGAUGAUGAUGAUUGCAGUCCUCGGCAUUUCCUUCUCCCUUAACUUGAUCCUGGGUCUGGAAUUCACCUAUGUGAUUCCUCAGAACAUAUAUAUGCACCUCCUCACUGCCACCGAAGGUCUCCUCUCAGGAAUCAUCUCUCUCAUACAGUGCAAGCAGUCCAUAAAUUGCAGCACCUGGCUGCACCUCACUAAUCCUGCCAAGGAACGUGAGAAUACACAGCUGCCUAAGACUUCUGUCCAGGUGAUGUCAUUACCAGAAAACACCAUAAUGCCUCGCAGCAUUGUCCGCAUGCACUCCUCCAUAAGCUCGAAGGAAGAUAUUCCAAGCAAAUCACAAGUCCAGACGCGUCGUGUGACCUGGGCUUUAUGA